AUGUUCACCAAGCAGACUCUCUCCGCCUUCAUUGGCACCCUGUCUUUGGCUUCGGCCUUGACUAUCCCCGCCGCUGACGAUGUUCCCACCUUGGCUGAGGUUGAGGCUGCCGCUGCCACCGUCAUUCCCUUGUCCCCUGUUUCCAGCGUCAAGGGUCUCGUGUUCGACAAGUUCCACCAGAUUUGGUUCGAGAACCAGGAUUACCAAACUGCCGCCGAUGAUGUGAACUUCCAGAAGAUCGCCAAGGAGGGUAUUCUCUUGACCAACUACUUUGCCACCACCCACCCUUCGCAGCCCAACUACGUUGCCUCUGCUGCUGGUGACAACUUUGGUAUGGACAACGAUGACUUCCGUCAGAUCCCCGCCAAUGUCUCCACCAUUGCCGAUCUGUUCGACACCAAGGACAUUGCUUGGGGUCAGUACCAGCAGGGUCUCCCCUACGCUGGUUACCAGGGAUACAACUUCUCUAACCAGGAGACCUAUGCCAACGACUACAUGCGCAAGCACGACCCCCUGAUUAUCUUUGAGUCGGUUACCAACAGCGACGUUCGUCCCCGCCAGAUCAAGAACUUCACCUCGUUCUACGAUGAUCUCAAGCACGAGCGUAUUCCCCAGUACUCCUUCAUCACUCCUAACAUGACCAACGACUGCCACGACACUGAUAUCACCUACGGUGGAAAGUUCCUUGCUGACUUCCUCCCCCCUCUCCUUGCCAACGAGUACUUCACCAAGGACUCUCUCAUCCUGGUCACUUUCGAUGAGGCUGGCAACUACACCGAGGAGAACCGCGUCUACAGCAUCCUGCUCGGUGGUGCUGUCCCAGAGCACCUCAAGGGAACCACUGACGACACCUUCUACACCCACUACUCCGUUAUCGCCUCCCUUAGCGCUAACUGGGGUCUUCCCUCCCUCGGUCGCUGGGAUUGUGGUGCCAACAUCCUGAGCCUCGUUGCUGAGAAGAUUGGCUUCACUAACUGGAACAUUGACCUCACUGCCGUUCCUGACCUGCUCAACGAGACCUACCCCGGUCCCAUGUCCGACGGUGACUACUCCAAGUACGAGGAGUACUGGCCCAUCCCUGCCACUGAGUUGCUCUGCAACGCUGGUCACGGUAUCCUUGAGCUUGUCAAGAAGACCUACAACCGCCGCCAGGCUACCCACAAUUACAUCAGCCCUGUCCCCUAUGACAAGCGCGCUGGUUACAACGUCGGUAUCCCUUACUGGCGUACCGUUGACGGCAAGAAGGAGACUGGUGUCACCAACUAA